AUGGCAGCAGCGCAGGAUCUGAGUCGUGCCAUACGGCCCCCCGCAGGCGUGCUCGGCAUGGUUGAACUGAAUCGGGCCGCAUUCGACACAGUUGCAUCUGUGCCAAGCUUUGAGGCGGACGUCAAAGACGUUGCAGCCAUCAUGACGCACAUGCGCAAAUACCUGCUGAAGCUGCCAAACUUCAAGGCUGUGCAGGAGGGUGCCGGUGGUACCAGAAAGAGAUUUCACCUAGACCCAGCCAAGGUUUCGACACUUGAUGAACUUGACCCAGCUGCUCGGGCUGCGCUCUCUGAAGCAGGGGUCUCCGUGCUGGGUGAACGCCAGGUGUCACUUUCCUAUGACAACUGGACAGCUGAAGAUGUGUUGCGUGCUGUGAUUGGCCAGCCGGAUGCUUCGGGAUACAGUGUGAUUGGCCAUGUGCUGCACCUCAACCUUCGCGACCACUUGCAGCCUUACAAGAAGCUAAUCGGCCAGGUGUACCUGGAUAAGGUAAAGAACAUCCGAUGUGUGGUGAGCAAGGUGAACAUCAUUGAGAGCACCUUCCGCAACUUUCACAUGGAGCUGCUUGCUGGAGAGCGUGACACCAAGGUCCAGGUCAAGCAGAAUGGUGCCAGGUUCGAGUUUGACUUUGCGGAUGUCUACUGGAACCCACGGCUUUGCACUGAGCACUCACGUGUCAUCGACCUUCUGCGCCACGGUGAUGUCUUGUACGAUAUCUUUGCUGGUGUUGGACCGUUUGCCAUUCCAGCUGCGCGCAAGGGCUGCACAGUCUUUGCGAAUGACCUGAACCCACACUCGUAUACCUGGCUAAAUCACAAUGUGACCCUCAACAAAGUGUCAGACAGGGUGACCACCUACAACAUGGAUGGACGCGAGUUUAUCCGGAAAGUUAUGGGAGAGACCCUUGUUGAGCACUUAGCAGAUGACAGGCACGUGCACAUCUGUAUGAACCUCCCAGCACACGCAACAGAAUUCUUAGAUGCAUUUGUGGGACUGCUGUCGGGAAGAGAGAAUUUGAACAAGGAGGUGAAAAACUGCCACGUGAAAAUCCACUGCUACUGCUUCGUGAGGGGUGUGGAGGGCGUGACUGGUGCCAAACAGAAAGUGGAAGAAGGGCUCGGGCGACCAGUGGAGAGGGACGUGCAGGUGUCAUUUGUGCGCAACGUUGCACCAAACAAGGACAUGAUGCGGGCAUCGUUUAACCUCUCGUUGAACAUCUUGUGCGCUCUCGACUGCUCGCCAGCGAAGAGGUGCAAGCUGGAAGAGGAAGUGCAAGGAACGCAAGUUGGUGUUGUUGGAGUGGAAUAAAACUGUUGUUCAACUGGCAACAGUAAUAGCCUAGA